UGCUCCGCGCGGGGGCCGCCGGGAACGCGCCUCGCGCCGCCAUGGCGCUCGCGGAGGAGACGCUGCGGAGGCAGCUGGGCAAGUAUAAAUUCAGAGACCUGACCAUAGAAGAGCUGAAGAAUGUUAGCAAGGCCUACCCAAACUUCACCUUCUCUAUGAACACAUACACCUUCAAGGAUGGAUCCCAGAAGGACCUCCUGAAUUUUAGUGGUACUGUUCCAGUGAAAUAUGGUAAUUCCUAUAACAUCCCUAUUCGUCUGUGGAUCCUGGAUUCUCAUCCCUUUGCUCCCCCCAUUUGCUUCCUGAAGCCRACUGCAAACAUGGGCAUUUCAGUGGGGAAACACGUUGAUGCACGCGGCAGGAUUUAUUUGCCCUACCUGCAGAACUGGUGUCAUCCUAAAUCAACUCUAAUUGGAUUAAUCAAGGAAAUGAUUGCAAAGUUUGAGGAAGAGCUCCCUUUGUACKCACUGUCAUCUUCUGAUGCAGCCAGGCAAGCAGAACUUCUCUCCUAUAUUGCAAAGAUUACUGAAGGAGAGACGGAUGUGAAGACAAAGAGUAAAAUUGGAGGCAAAAAUGGAGAAUGUUUUAACAAAAUUACUGUUGUUGGAGCUGGAGAUCUUGGCAUUGCAUGUGUAYUAGCAGUUGCAGCAAAGGAUGUUGCAGACAAGGUGGUUCUUUUGGAUCUUUCUGAAGGUGCAGCUAAAGGAGGGACAAUGGACUUGGAGAUUUUUGCUGUGCCAAAUGUGGAGAUCAGCAAAGAUUUUUCUGCAUCAGCUGAUUCCAAAGUUGUGGUGCUUACAGUUAAUUCUCUGGGUAAUGCUCAGACUUACCUUGAAGUCAUACAAAACAAUGUGGAUUUGUUCAGAGGAAUUAUUCCAGCAAUAUCACACUACAGUCAGAAUGCUGUUCUCCUUGUUGCUUCUCAUCCUGUUGAAGUAAUGACAUUUGUGUCAUGGAAGCUGAGCUCAUUUCCCAAAAGCAGAGUAAUUGGAGUAGGUGCCAACCUCGAUUCAGAGAGACUUCAGUACAUCCUGACAAACCUUUUGAAAGCAGAGGUGCUGGCAAAAGAUGCCUGGGUUAUUGGUGAACAAGGGGAAGAGAAAGUACCAUCAUGGACCAGCUAUAAUGUCGUUGCAAAUCAAACAGAAGCAAUGGCUGCUCAUAACUCAAGGGAAAAGGUGGCUAACAGAGCCAUGGAAGUUUUAAAGGGAAAAGGUCAGAGAUCUUGGUCUGUGGGGCUCUCUGUUGCUGAUUUGACUGACAGCAUUCUGAAAGAUAAAAGAAAGAUUCAUUCUGUAUCCACUUUGGCAAAGGGAUGUUGCAAAGUGAACAGUGAAGUAUUCUUAAGUCUUCCAUGUAUUCUUGGAAGCAGUGGAGUGAUUGAAAUGGUCGGACUGGAGGAAGACCCACUGGUGCAAGAGAAACUGCAAAGCAGCGCAGGCUCAAUUCAUGACCUUCAGCAGCAGCUGAAACUGUGAUGAAGCACAAGGGAAGCCUUGUGUCUGCUCUUGGAGAUUUGCAAGGCAGAAGAGGUUGCUUCGUAUAUAUGAAUUUCUGUGGAAAACAGGAAGCUUUGUUACUUUCCAAAAGUGCUUUUUCCAUUUAAGUUUAAAUAAUUUAAUACUGCACAAUACAGUAUUUUUGUUUCUUUGGAAAGUGCACUUUUGGUAGCCAAACUGAGGAGGGUARCAUGCAAGAAUGUUUGACCUAGAUUCUUGAUUGUGGCUGCCAAUUAUAGGCUGAUUCUUGGGUUAUCCUUAGCUCUUUGCAACUCUUUAGGAGGCAGUCCUGAAGAGGGGCUUACCCAGCUCUGCAGAAACUCCAGCAUGCAGAGCCCAUUUGAACCCUUUUUUGUGGCUUUUAAAUGCUGCAUCUGGGGCCUAUUUAGGGUACAGUCACACUCCAGCUCCUCAGGCACUGGGGAUGCAGUUCCAUAGCUCCAUCUUUCAUGGCUGUAGAUGCUCUUAAGGAGUCCUGCCAUUUACUGUGGGGAGCAUGAUGUUUGCACUGUCCUUCAAAGAAGAACUAUUGGGUACGGAUUUCUGUUCACACUUAGUGAUGUCUGAAAUAUUCUGGUCAUAACUUGCUUGCUUUUAUUUUGUAAGGACAUUCAGAGCACUAAAGCAUCUGCAGUUCUCUGUGUACACAUGCAGCACUKGAACAGGGACUCUUCCUGGAGGAGCAGGGCUGGGCUUCAAAUGAAGGACAAAAUCCAGCAGUUAAACAAUGCAGGAGUGUCUGUACAGUCAGACCUCAGUCCAGAGCCAGCUGAGGGCAGGGAGCUUUCCAUCAGCCUCAGGAGAAGGCAACAGAACUGUAACCCUCCUCCUCAUAGGCCAAGGAUGUGAUGAAAAAGCAGGAUGUGGAUUUUUAGAUAAAAAACAGAUGUUUUUGAGAUCAAGGAGUUUUUUGGGUUCUAACCUCUUGAUUCACUGCAUUGGUAAAAGACUGUAUUUCUUCUGAUUAUAUCUCAGCAUCACAGGCACAGGAGACGUGGGCUCUACUCCUGCUGUGUGCAGUUUAGGAAUGUCAUUCCCUAUUUACACUUUGAGGGGGGACUAGUUAAAUAUUAAAGCUUUCUAAGCAGAAGCAGAAUGUGUGGCCAAAGAUCUGUUCCAUUGUGCCUUCCAGUUGCAUCUCACAAAGAGUCAGACAUGCAGGGAGUUCUGAGUGUAUCCCGAUCUCAGAACUGGGAUAAAAAUAGGAAAAAACCUUCAGUAAUUCAGACCUUUUUUAUGGAAUACCCRAAUUUCCUUCACUGUGGUGGUAAGUGAUGGGGCAAAACUUAGUAAAGGCUGCAGGUAACCAACUUUGCAGUUAUUUAUUUAAAGCUGCACUUUGGGGUUUCGGGGUUUUUUUCCCACUUUGUAAAAAACCAAUAUGAAUUUAUGGUUUUACAUUGUUUUUCAUGGUGUUCUCAUCUGUUGAGCGUUUCUUUUCAUGCAGACAGCCAUACUGUURUUUAUUCGGUUUGGUGGGUUUUAAAGUAAUCUUAAAACGCUGGCA